GUGAUUAUAAUUGAGCCGUACUUCGACUGCUAUGAACCCAUGACCAAAAUGGCAGGCGGGAAACCCGUCUUUGUCCCCCUCCGUCUGAAAGUUGCCAAAAGUGGAAAGCUGGCAUCCAGCCGGGACUGGCAACUCGAUCCAGCCGAAUUGGAGGCGGCGUUCACCCAACGAACAAAAGUCCUGAUUUUGAAUUCUCCCAACAACCCUUUGGGGAAGGUUUUCAGCAGAGAUGAGAUGAUGCACUUGGCGGACCUGUGUGUGAGACACGACGUGGUCUGUUUAAGCGAUGAGGUCUACGAGUGGCUGGUUUACGACGAAAAUGAGCACGUGCGGAUUGCCAGUUUGCCAGGAAUGUGGGAGCGGACUGUGACCAUUGGCAGCGCUGGCAAAUCCUUCAGUGCCACGGGAUGGAAGGUUGGCUGGGCCAUCGGGCCCGACCGCCUCUUGAAACACCUAAGAACCGUCCACCAAAAUUCGAUCUAUCAUUGUGCCACUGCAGCUCAGCAGGAGGCCGUGGCCCAUGGGUUUGAGCAAGAGUUGGCGCGCCUCGGCAAGCCCGACAGCUAUUUUCUGCAGCUGCCCAAAGAGCUUCAGCGGAAACGGGAUCUCCUGGUGGAGAGCCUGGUCUUGGCGGGCAUGAAGCCGAUUGUCCCGGAGGGCACCUACUUCCUGAUUGCCGACCUCUCGACGUUUAAAAUUGAUUUGUCACCUUCAGAAGAAUCCUACGACUUUCGUUUUGCAAAAUGGAUGAUUAAGAACAAGCGUCUGGCUUCCAUUCCUGUCUCUGCUUUCUACAGUGUCCCACAGAAGAAAAAUUUUGACCAUUUUCUGCGUUUCUGCUUUGCAAAGGAGGACUCGACCUUGAAAGCUGCUGGGGACAUCUUGAAGGAAUGGAGCCAGGAAAUGCAAAACCAGUGACACGUCAGCCAUGGGGAGAGAAGCAGACUCCUGGCCGGUCUUCCCGAGGUCUCAGCAAGAUGAUGGGGGCUGCCACUCAGCCCAGCGCCGAUGCAGUUGUGUGUCAAAGAAUAUUCACACCCCUGGAGAUGCUGAAAACCUCCCAGGGGUUCCUACCUCUCAGGGUGUCAAGUUUUAAUUAAAGUUGCACUUCUUGCUGUA